AUCUUGAUUUGUGUUUUUCUUUGAAUUUGGAUUCUCUUUUCCAAGAAAGUUAAAAAAAAAAAAAAAAACACCCUUUAAGAUUUUCACUAUAAAUAAUCUUUGGGGUUGCAUAAAGCAUAACCGGUGAGAAUUUCAAUGGGGGUUUUUCAACUAUGGCUGAUAUCUCUAGUCACGAUUCCAUUCCUAUGCUCGUUGGAAUCAGUGAACGGAAUUGGGGCAAAUUGGGGAACGCAGUCGUCGCACCCACUUCCGCCGGAAACGGUGGUGAGGAUGCUGACAGAUAACGGAAUCCAAAAGGUGAAGCUUUUUGACGCCGAUUAUGGUGCGCUAAAAGCUUUGGGUAAGUCUGGAAUUGAAGUUAUGGUUGGAAUUCCUAACGACAUGCUUGCUACCAUGGCAAGUAGUAUGAAAGCUGCCGAAAAAUGGGUUUCGAAAAAUGUCUCCGAUCAUAUCAACAAUAAUGUUAAUAUAAGAUAUGUUGCAGUAGGAAACGAACCAUUCUUGUCAACAUACAACGGAACGUUUCUAAAAACCACCUUGCCGGCGCUCCAAAACAUCCAGGCGGCGCUAAUCAAAGCCGGGCUCGGCCCCAAAGUCAAGGUCACCGUCCCCCAAAACGCCGACGUCUACGAGAGCUCAACCGGUGUUCCAUCAAGCGGCGAUUUCCGAACAGACAUUCACGAUUUCAUGAUCCAACUCACCAAAUUCCUAAACGAAAACGGAUCUCCAUUCACAGUCAACAUCUACCCCUUCAUAAGCCUCUACAUCGACUCCAAUUUUCCAGUGGAAUACGCGUUCUUCGACGGAAACGCAGCUCCGGUGAACGACGGCGGCACCACCUACACAAACAUGUUCGAUGCCAACUACGAUACCCUCGUGUGGGCCCUACAAAAGAACGGAUUCACAAAUAUGGGAAUCAUAGUGGGUGAAAUUGGGUGGCCGAGCGACGGAGAUCGAAACGCGAAUAAUCAACUAGCGCAAAGGUUUAUGCAAGGGUUCAUGAGUCAUAUUGCCGGAAAUAAAGGGACGCCAUUGAGAACAGGUCCGAUUGAUGCUUAUUUGUUUAGUUUAAUCGAUGAAGAUGAGAAAAGUAUCCAACCGGGGAACUUUGAAAGACAUUGGGGGGUUUUUUCUUACGAUGGGCAACCGAAAUACGCGUUGAACCUUGGAAUGAACAAUGCCGGAGCUUUGAUUCCGGCGAAUGGGGUGAAGUAUUUACAGAAGAAAUGGUGUGUGAUGAAGGAUUCAGCGAGAUUAGAUGAUCCAUCGAUUGCACAAUCGGUGAGUUACGCUUGUGCUCUUGGGGAUUGCACGAGUCUUGGAUAUGGAACUUCUUGUGGUGAUUUGGAUGCAAGAGGGAAUGUUUCUUAUGCUUUUAACAGUUAUUAUCAGAAGAAUGAUCAAGCCGAUGAAGCCUGCAAGUUUCCGAAUGUUUCCACGAUUACGAAAGAGGAUCCAUCUAAGGGGACAUGCCAGUUUAAUAUUAUGAUUGUGCCGUAUUAUGGAGGGGCAAAUCGGUCAUUUCAGUCGAUUUGGUCGUUCCUUCUUGGAUUGGUUAUGUUUUUACUAUUGUGAGUUUGACUUUUUUGGUGAAACUUUGGUGGAAGAUUGAAAUUUUGGGGAUGUUUGAUGUUUGAUGUUUGGGUAGAUAUUUAAGAAGGUAGUUUGAUUUUAAUUAAUGGAAGUGUGAAAGUAGAGGGAUGUGGAUGAAUGUUUCUGAAACCUUGGGGUGUAGUUUGAGCGUAAUUGUAUUUAUAUGGCUUGAAUAUGAAACGUUGAUGUGCUAUAGCCUAUAGCUAGUUGUAUCCUAUUUAUCUCGUGGGCUCGUGGUGUUAAUGUGUUAUGUUUUACCCCUCAUUUUUCAUCAAUUACUAAAGUCUGCC